AUGUACCAAGCUAAAAAGGAACAACAAGACACAGAUGAGAAAAAAAUAUCACAAAAGAAAAAAGUUAAAGAACUUAAAGUAUUGGAUGGCAAAACAGCUCAGAAUUUGUCUAUAUUCUUGGGUUCUCACCGCUUGCCAUAUGAAGAAAUAAAAAGAAUGAUUCUUGAGGUGGAUGAGAAGCGUCUUACAGAAUCACUGAUCCAAAACCUUGUGAAGCAGCUUCCAUCGCAGGAGCAGUUGAAUGCUUUACUUGAGCUGAAAGAGGAAUACAAUGAUCUCUCGGAACCAGAGCAGUUUAUCGUAAUAUUGAGCUCCGUGCCCCGCCUGGAGGCUCGACUGAACGCCAUACAAUUUCAGCUGCAGUUUGAAGAACAAGUUAACAACCUCAAACCAGACAUUGUGUCGGUGAAAGCGGCCUGUGAGGAAGUGAGGUCCAGUGAAAAUUUUUCCAAGCUAAUGGAAAUCGUCCUUUUGGUGGGGAACUUCAUGAAUGCAGGGUCACGGAAUGCUGGAGCAUAUGGAUUCAACAUUAGUUUCCUUUGCAAAUUAAAAGAUACAAAAUCAUCUGAUCAGAAGAUGACACUGAUGCACUUUUUAGCAGAAACCUGUGAAGAGCAGUACCCCGAGGUUAUUCACUUCACUGAGGAUCUAAACCAUGUGGAAAAAGCAAGCCGAGUUUCAGCAGAAUUACUGCAGAAGAAUGUGGAACAAAUGGGGAAACAGAUUGCUAGACUGCAAAAGGACAUUGAUAGCUUCCCACAAUCCAACGACACUCAAGACAAGUUUGUCGAGAAAAUGACAAUAUCCUUUUUCUUUGCUAAGGGCGUUUCCUAUUUUAAUACUAGGUGUUGCUUUCAUCCCCAUAUGUGCUUCAUAUUUUUAACCCAAAAUUGGAAAGAAUCAAACAGCAGCUUUCAUAUUACUUUCAGGAUGUCCAUUACUACAUUGCAGGAAAUGAGGCAGCCAGUCGAUGCUCAACAACCUCCUACAGCUUUGAUAAUUGUCACCUAAUCAGUUUCUUGCAAUUGCUUUUCUUGAGGACUAAAUAUUGGCCUUGCUUUUCUCUGAACUAAUGUUGGCUGUUUGUUUUAGCCCACCUGAGUGAGCAGACCGGACUUUGGUCUUCCAGGUAGGUGUCAGAGUGGUAGUGGCUUUGGAAAUCAAAGUAACUGCCAACAGGAAACUCAAGACUGGCCCUGCACCCUGCAUUUACAGUCAGGAAGAUAAAUGCCUGGUUUUAAUUGCAGCAUUCUGGUCAUUUAUGUCCAUAAAUAGUACAGUCAAAUAAAUAGCAUUCUCCAGUAAGUAUUUUAAAGUUAUCAAAGGGCAUUUUGAUCCUUCUGUCUCUAAUUUUUGAAUGCUUUGUUGGUCUAGAAUCGUCGUACCAUGAAUAGUACACAUCUGAGAGAGAGUGAGCUGUAAAUGGAAAAGCAAAGAUUUUUUUUUUUUAAAGUCUUCAAAUUACAGAAAAUGCCAAAAAGAAAUGGAGCAUGUUCCAAUUUUCCGAUGUGAGAAAAGAUAAAGCUGCAAUCGCAAAGUCACAACAGGAAGUAAUAUGAAGAGUACGAAACUCUUUAUUUUAAAAAAAAAAGAGAAGUAAUAAAACUUGGAUGAAUACUCAUGAAUAAGAUGUGUUAGUUCAAAGACUAACUUUCACAUUCUGCACAGACAAGUAUGAAUGAAGAUUUACGUACUUAUCCCUUGUUAAAGAUGGAGAAGCCAAGAAUAGAACCAAUGAGAGCUGCAUUGCAAAGAGUGAAAGAUGAGUUACAGGAUGAGCAAAUGGUUGCUUUUUACCAAGGGGUAAAAGAUUCAAAAUAGUGAUACCCUGAAAAAUAAAGUCAUUAUUAUACUUACGUUUCUCUAGAAUGAGCCUUGCUUCAAUCCUGGACCUUGGACACAAUGCAAGAGCUGCUCCUUCAACGGUGCAUACUAUGCAGGGCUUAUUUGACAUGUGUUUUGGUAACUGUUUAUCCACACAAAUAAUAUUGCAAUUUGAUAUUAAUAUUAUCCAUUUCAGCAUGGUUGUGCAAUAUUCCAUGUUCUUCCCAUGUAAACAUUUGCAUUGUUUUUACCUAGAGUGAAAUUGAUGAAGUGAUUCACUGUGGUGGAAUUAAAAUGAGUUGUUCUUGAAAAAUCAAAGUAUUCAGUAACUAGAAAUGGAAAGGUAUUUUGAUACUGUUAAAUGCUGAAAAUAGAAGGAUACUGAGAAUGGCAUGUUGCUUUACUGUGGACUGCUUAUAAUACCUUGUAACAGUGUAAAUUAAUUGCCUUUCAUUGCAUCAGAAAUGCUAUGUCAUUGUAUGAGCUGGGGUCUGACCUCUGGUUCCUGUAUUACAAUUAGGGACAGCACAGUGGGACAACGGUAGAGUUGGUGCCUUACAGCAUCAGACACCCGGGUUCAAUCCUGACCUCAGGUGCUGUCUGUACGAAGUUUGUAUGUUCUCCCUGUGACCAUGUGGGCUUUCUCCAGGUACUCCGAUUUCGUUCCACACUCGAAAGAUGGCCAAGUUUGUAGGUUAAUUGGCUUCUGCAGGUUGUAAAUUGUCCCUAGUGUGUAGGGUAGUGCUAGUGAAUGGGAUGAUCGCUGACUUGGUGCUAAAGGGCCUGUUUCUCUAAAGUCCAAACUGAUCAUUUGUCUUGUUUUUCUUGUUGUUGGAUGAAGGAUUCCUCUUCUGUUUAAAACAUGAAAUAAUAGUAAAUCAUGAAAGCAUGCACAGGUAAAGGUUGCUGUCCAAAUGUAGCUGUGCACGUUUUGAAGACUGACUUUUACUUAAUAUCUUUUAAAUAGAAGGGAAACUCUUCAUCAACUACAACAUGAAAAAAAUGAUCAGUUGUAACGCAGGAAGAUCGACUGGGAACACAAACAAAUAUAAAGACAUCCUUGUGGUGCGUAGUUCUCAUCCAAUACCACAGAUGGUGUGGCUCAUAUAUAGGUCAUCAACCCCAUUGUUUGUAAUCUUAUACAACUUGAUUAAUGUACAAGGGAAUACCUUAAAUCCAUUGUAAGCACAAUAACAAUAUUAGAAAUAGAUGGGAUAUUAUGCUCUUUCAUGAAGAGAUUCAGCAUUGUCCACCCAUCAUCUUAAUAUUUGAGCUUUACCAUUAACCUAUGUUUCACCUUUGAUUUUAAAGUUUUUUUUAAUGCAUUUGCAAAAUAAUAAUUUAUUCUAGAGUUUAUGUAAUAUAGUAGCACAUGGAAGAGAUGUAGAAUUGGACUAUACUAGUAAAGAAUUAACAGUUUAUAUUGCCCACAUUAAUGAUAUUGUUAUUUAUUUUGCAUGAAAUUGUUUGAAAUUAAUCAGUAAAACAGAGGUGACAUAUUUCUACUUUCUCAGUGAAUGUUAACUUUCUAAAAUAAUAAUGCAAAUUGAUUCGUAACUAAAACUAUAACUACUGCCAUCAGCUCUAAUUGUCAGGAACUGUUCAGUACUUUAUUGAAUUGUAGUUAUUAUAUGAAAUAUCCAUUAAAGUUGCAAUAUUCGAACAAGCAUUAAAGGAAAAUUACAUUUGUAGUCCAGCUGCAGUAUAUUCGUAGUCUCGUAAAGCUUCCAAUAUUGAGUCGUAUAUCAGAAAGAGGAAGGUGGGCUGCUUGUCAGAUAUCCAUUGCCCCACUCCCAGGAUAUUGCAGGAGUUCCUCAGGCCUGUGUCCUAACAGUACAAUAUUCAUCUGCUUCACAAUUACUUUCCUUUCAUUCUAAAAUCAGAAGUGGGGAUGUUUGUUGAUCAGUGCACAAUGUUGAAUUUACAUCAAGUUCCUCAAUAUGAAGAAGCCCAUGAGUUAAGACCUGAACAAGGCUCCUGAAUGGGUUAUGUUGGCAGAUGGCAUUCACUCCACAGAAGUGUUGAGCAAUGGCUAUCUCCAAUAAGAGAAAAUCUUCCAUGUAUUCUUGACGUC